AUGUCUCUCAUUCAUUUCAUCUUGGCUGCCGGCAGCCUACCUGCACUCAUUUUCGGAGCGCCAGUUCCAUCCCUUCCCUCUCGCGAUGUUGCCCCGGCAGCAGACAUUCACUCUUUAGACAAGCGUGCCUCUUACACUGUCUUUGGUGGCAAUGGACAGAUCUCGGAUGGUUGGCCAGCCGUCCACGACUGGGUCUCCAAUUUCGAUGACAUGUUCAAUACCAACAAAAACAUCAUGUUCUCCUCGUGUGGGAAUCUUCAGGGCCACCCGGAGAACGAUUCCGAAGAGGAGAUCAACGAUAUUUACAAUGCAAUCCAGUCCGUUUCUAAGUCUAGCGGCGUUGAUGCUCGUUUCAUUCUCGCCAUUGUCAUGCAGGAGAGCAACGGCUGUGUUCGUGUACAGACUACAAACUAUGGUGUCAACAAUCCUGGCCUUAUGCAGUCUCAUAACGGCAAAGGAACAUGCAAUCCUGGAACUCCUAUUUCUCCCUGCCCGUCUGACACAAUCCUCCAAAUGAUCACCGAUGGCACCGAGGGUACUCUGGAUCAGGGUGCGAAUGGCGGACCUGGUCUCAAACAGUUGAUUGAACAGGCGGAGUCCAAAUACCAUGCCACCGACGCGACCAAGUACUAUAUAGCAGCACGCCUGUACAACGCAGGCUCUGUUCCUGAUAAUCUCAAUUUGGGUGCGGCUGGGGCCACUGCAUGCUACUCCUCUGAUGUUGCCAACCGUCUCUUGGGAUGGUCCAGCGGCGCCACUCAGUGCAACGGAAACAUUAUUGGAUCUCUGACCGCUGCACAGGGCUCUUUCACGCCUGCGAACAAUAGCGGCUCGAGUUCAUCUUCACCCAGCGAUACCCCCGCUCCUUCUUCUACUGCUCCUGCCACCAGCGCUACCGCUGCUCCGACCCCUACAACCACCACUACCCCUCCAGCGCCAGAGCCUACUGAGACUACACCACCUCCUCCACCGGCUCCGACACCUGCUACUCCCACGACUACAACAACUCCACCUACACCGCCCUCAGCUCCUGCAUCUGCUGCUUCUCCUACUGCAACCGGUCCCGUUUACCCCGGCGCCGUUUCAAACUGUAAAAAAUACGUCCUUGUCAUGUCUGGUGACUACUGCCUCGAAGUCGAGGAGGACAUGGGCGUUUCUGCAUCUCAAUUCCUGGCCUUAAAUCCAGGUUUAGAUGCCGCCUGUACGAAUUUGUGGCUGGGCUACGAAUACUGCAUUUCGACUUCGACUUAG